GCAUGUUCGGCGUUUUCAAAUCCUAAAACUGUCGACAAAAACUUGCAGUUUUGUUAUCAGCACAUCGUUUAUACGCUGCUGUGGUGCACCGCCGUAAAAGCCCUUAAUCCAAAAAAUAUGACAUUAACGAAGUUUUGUCGUCAGUUUCAUGCUAAAGCGCGGAUGCUAGCGUUAGCCUGUUAACAACUUGUGAGCAAAGUUGCGGAAAAGUCCUCAGAUGUGCAGGCGAGGAGGACAUGGGCUCUGUCCGGUGGGCUUUUCGCUGCGGGUCGUGGACACCGAGCAGGUCUGACUGGCUGUUUGCUGCUCGCUGCAUUCAGCGCGAGGAGAAAGACAGAAUCGGACAGUUUGUGUUUGCUAAGGAUGCUAAGUCAGCCAUGGCUGGCAGAUUGUUGCUGAGGAGGUUUGUGUGUGAGAAGAUGGGGAUCCCCUGGUCAGAGAUCAGACUGGAGCGAUCUCCUAGAGGGAAACCUUACCUGGCAGCACCAGUCAGUCCAGAUUCAGGCCCUGAACCCCCAUCCUGGACCUUCAAUCUGUCCCACCAGGGGGACUACGCUGUGUUGGCUGCAGAGCAGGGUGCACAGGUGGGAGUGGAUAUCAUGAAGACCACCAUGCCAGGUAGCAGCUCUGUGCCGGAGUUUUUCCGCAUCAUGACUCGUCAGUUUACAGAGUACGAGUGGAGCGUCAUCCAAUCAGCUGGUUCGGAGCAACAGCAGCUUGCCACGUUCUACCGCCACUGGGCCUUGAAGGAGAGCUUCAUCAAAGCUAUCGGCACCGGUCUGGGCUUCAACCUGCAGAGGGUGGCGUUUCACCUGUCCUCUGAACCGCUCACACAGAAUUCUGUGCUGCGCCAGACCAAGAUGCAUCUCGAUGAGGAAGAAGAAAAGGACUGGAUAUUUGAAGAGAGCUUGCUGGAUGCUGACCAUCAUGUUGCCGUGGCACUCGGUCCAUCAGACAAAGCAGGCUCUGUACCUCAUCGUCCAUCUCUUCCUUGUCCCACCUCAUUUACACUGCUGUCGUUCAGCGAUCUCAUCGCCUCGGCCUCACCUCUGUCAGAGGAAGACCCCGCCUACUGGGACAGCUUCAAGAUGAAGGCUGUAGCUCCGCAGAGACAAAGAGAAACACACACAUCCAAAUAACCACCCGUCUCACACUGACACUCACCUACCUCACACAUACACACACACACACUUCAUAAGUGCCAAAGAAGAAACACACAUUGACACUGAAGCUGCUUUCUCAUUCAACACAAGUCCAGUUUAUAGAAGCAAAGAUCAUGUUUGUCUCAGAGGACUUCAAAAUUCAUACAGCUUCUGACACCUUUGGUAGAACUCCACAAAAACACACAAAAAUCACCUUUAUGUGCCAGGUAAACACACACACAAAAGUGCUGUGCAUUACAUCCUUUUUUACAUACAUCUUGUUGAUCAGUAGAUUGAUAUCCUGUUAAUUUUACUGACUUUUGUGUAA